AGGCGCAGCGGCAGCGCGAAGGGGCUACGCGGGAGCCGCCUCCGCGGCGCGGCCCGGCAAGUGAAAGCGAAAGAGGCGGCCCGGCGGCGCUGGAGGAAGAGGAGGAGAAGGGAAGGACCGGCCGCCGCCGCGCGUCCCGCCUGUGCCCCCGCCUUGCCGAGCAGCAGCAACCGCGGUGCUUCUGCGGCGGCCAUGGGCGAGCCCCGCGGCGGCCUCUCCUGAGCAGGUGUUUUGCCCAACAGGAAGAAGCAGCAGGGACUUGGAGCUUCCUCCAGUGUCGCUGCCAGAAGCCUUAGCCAAUCAAAUGCACCCUGACAAUAAACUGACCAAUCAUGGAAAGACAGGUAACAGCAGUGCCCAGCCCCAGCACCAUAAUGUGAGCCAAAGCCCCACCUGCAACCUGGGCACGAAGGGCGUGGGGGCAGGGAAUCAUGGUGGCAAAGCCAGCCAGCAAACUCCUGGCAACUCUGGACUGAAAACCAGCCAGCCUCCUGUGCCCGUCUUUGGGGCCUUGAAGGGCAAAGUGAAGCGAGAGCGGAGUGUCUCCGUGGACUCCGGAGAGCAGCGGCAGGAAGCCACCACUACCUCACUGGACAAGGAGCUGAAAGGCGAAGUGGCCCCUCGGAGCAAGCGGCGCUGCGUGCUGGAAAGGAAGCAGCCCUACAGUGGGGACGAGUGGUGCUCUGGACCAGACAGCGAGGAGGAAGAGGAGAAGCCUCUCAGCAGCGCCCACAAUUGUAAUGCAGCGGAGUCGGCAAUGACCGCGGCCUCGCAGCUGGGCCCGGGACCCAAUCCGCUGCCAGCCUUGAGCGAGAGCAACGCAUCCGGCACGCCCCAUGGAGCAACCCCCGGCCUGAGGUCGGACACCAGGAACAGUGGCGGGAAGCAGCCGUUGCAGUUCGUUUAUGUCUUCACGACGCACCUCGCUAACACGGCGGCAGAAGCUGUACUUCAAGGCCGAGCGGACUCCAUCCUGGGCUACCACCAGCAGCAUGUGCCCCGGGCCAAGUUGGAUCAGGUGCCCAUCCCAAAGAUACAAGCCACUCCCGAGCCGCUGCCCAUCAACCCGUCUCCUGCAAGCACCCCGCAGUCCCAGCCCGCCGUGCCCCCGAGCAGCCAAGCCCAGGGCCAGCCUCCGACCUCCGCACCACCGCCACCCCAGCCUCCGGCACCCCCACCACUGGGUCUGGGCCAAGGACCGCUCCCUACGGCUGGCCCCCUCCCACAGGAGGGGGCUCCCGAGGAUGCCCGCCGGGACCUGACCCCCAACUCUGUGGGGAACGGCAGCAGCAGCAGCACCGCCCCCAGCGGCACCCAUCCCAACACGCCCACCGCCCCCAACUCCUUGCCUGCUGGGCCUGCAGAUGGAUUGAUGGGUGAAGGGGCCAAUGCCGGGCCCCCCUCGGCGGGGAACGGGCCCCGCAACGCCCUCAACACGGAGGGCCUCUCCAAGGAGCAGCUGGAGCACCGCGAGCGUUCUCUGCAGACCCUGCGGGACAUCGAGCGCCUGCUCUUGCGCAGCAGUGAGGCAGAGCCCUUCCUCAAGGGGAGCCCCGGGGCUGGCGAGGGGGGCGUCCUGCCUCCCCAGGCCCCUCCACCGCAGGCCCCCCAGGCCCCUCCCCCUGGGGCCGCUGGCAUGAAGAAAUACGAGGAGCCCUUGCAGUCCAUGAUCUCGCAGACUCAGAGCCUGGGGGGCCCCAGCCUGGAGCAGGAGGGACCUGUUCCCUCCGGAGUGGACAUGGGGCAGCAGAUGAACAUGAUGAUGCAGCGGCUGGGCCAGGACAGCCUGACGCCCGAGCAGGUGGCCUGGCGGAAGCUGCAGGAGGAGUACUACGAGGAAAAGCGGCGCAAGGAGGAGCAGGUGGGCAUGCACGGCGGGCGGCCGCUGCAGGACAUGAUGCUGCCCCAGCCCAUGGGCACCAUGAUGCUGCGGGGGCCUCCACCGCCCUACCACAGCAAGCCCGGCGAGCAGUGGCUGCUGCGGGGUGUGCCCAUGGAUAUGCCCGAGCAGAUGCAGCUGCGGCCGUCCUUCGCUGGGCCGCGAUUCCCUGGGAACCAGAUGCAGAGGGGCUUCGGGGGCAUCCCGAACCUGCCCCUCGAGUCGCUGGGCCCCAUGGGCAGCGUGCAGCGCCCCCCAAGGCCCGGCAUGGCCUGGAACGAGGACAUGCCCAUGGCGGGGCCUGGCAACUUCGCCCCCGGGAACCUGCCCUACCUGCCGGGACAGGGCGAGCCGGAGCGCUUUGUGACGCCGCGGGCUCGCGAGGAGAUGCUGCGGCACCACCUGGAGAAGCGUCAGGGGGCGAUGCAGCGGCCCCUGGGCAUGGAGAUGGAGCGCAUGAUGCAGGCGCACCGGCAGGUGGAACCGGCCAUGUUUGCCGGGGAGGGGCUGGGCAUGGAAUUUGGGGGCUCUCGGGCCAUGCUGAGCCCGCCGCUGCGGGACAUGGAGCAGGCGCUGGGCCCCGGCAACCUCAACAUGAACAUGAACGUCAACAUGAACAUGAACAUGAACUUGAACGUGCAGAUGACGCCUCAGCAGCAGCAGAUGCUGAUGUCGCAGAAGAUGCGCGGUCCCGAGAUGAUGCCCUCCGAGGAAAUGGCUCGGCUGCGUGCCCCCAACGGCACUGCAGCCAUGAUGGGGGGCCCCCCGAAAAUGAUGAUGGGCUCGCCGUUCCCCAGUCAGGGGCAGCAGCAGCCUCCACCACCACCACCUCCACAGCAGCAGCAACAAGGCUUCCCAGGCAUGCAGGGCCCGUACCCUGCUGUGCCACAGGAGAUGAGCAACACCACAGACAUGUUUGGCCCCGAGCAGGGGGGCAUGGGCAGCACCACGCGGCUCAGCCACAUCCCCCUGCCCCCCACCACCAGUGCCCCGUCCACAAACAUGCACCAGGCACCCGUCAGAGGCCUGGGCCGCCGCCCUUCCGACCUGGCCCUCAACAUGGGGCAGAUGAACUCUCCCAGCGUGGGCCGCCUCAAGUCUCCAACGCUCAGCCAAGUUCAUUCCCCGCUGGGCACCUCCCCUUCCGCCAACCUCAAGUCCCCGCAGACGCCCUCCGCCAUGGUCAACCUGCCCGCCGCCAGUGCCACCAGCGCCCCACUCAAGUCCCCGCAGGUUCUCAGCUCUGUGCUCAACGUCCGAUCCCCGACCAGCUCCCCUGGCCACCUCAAAUCCCCGUCCAUGGCCGUCUCUUCUCCAGGGUGGGCGCCGUCGCCCAAAAACGCCCUUUCCAGCCCUGGCAUUGGGCAGAACAAGCCAGCCCUUGGAAUGAGCAACUCUGCACCCCUGGGCAGCAUCGAGCAAGAUCCACCCCCGUCCCAGAACCCCUUGUCACUCAUGAUGUCCCAGAUGUCCAAGUACGCCAUGCCCAGCUCUACCCCUCUCUACCACAACGCCAUCAAGACCAUCGCCACCUCGGACGAUGAAAUGAUGCCCGACCGGCCGAUGCUUCCGCCAGGUGCCAUGUCUGGCAUGGGUGGGAACCAGCCCAACCAGAUGCACAUGAACUCCGUGGGGCCAGCUCCUGCUCAGAGCCCCAUGGGGAUGAACCUGCCGGGGCAGCAGCCACUCUCGCACGAGCCCUCAAUGUCUUCGCCAAGCCCCCUGGGCGCCAACAUUCCCAUGCACAGCGGUGCGCCCCCCCAGAACCCAAUGAUGCUGCCCCCCAAUGCCCAGAACUCCCUGAACCAGCCCUGCGGCCCUUCCGGACAGCUGAUCUUCCCCCCACGGCUCCAGCAGCCCCCUUCGAAUGGGGGAAAUAUGCCCAUGGCUUCCGGGGGCGGCGGUGUCCAGCAACACUAUCCGCCAGGCUUGGGACUGCCCCCGGAGGAGCUGCCCCCACCACAGCCAGGGCAAAUUCCGCCGCCGCAGCAGCAACGCAUGGCCGGGAGGAUGCCACCGGAGCCCUACCCAUCGGUGCUUCCUGGUGUGGCUUCGGUCCUCAACGACCCGGAGCUGAGCGACGUGAUCCGCCCCACGCCCACCGGCAUCCCCGAAUUCGACUUGUCGCGCAUCAUCCCGUCCGAGAAGCCCAGCAGCACGCUGCAGUACUUCCCCAAGGGUGAGGGGCCGGGGCCCAAGGCACAGCCGCCCUCCAACCUGCACCUCAUGAACUUGCAGAACAUGAUGGCAGAGCAGGCCCCGGCCCGGCCCGGCCCUCCGGGCAUGCAGCGUGGGAUGGCCAUGUGCCACCCGGGACAGGUGCCCCCCGUGCUGGGCAGGACAGGCCUGGGGCCCCAGCAAGCCAUGAUGAGCAACAGCAUGCACCAGGGCAUGAUGUUGCCCCAGCAGCAGAACCUCCUCGCCCAGCAGAACUUCCUGCUCAUGCAGGCCAAGCAGCGCAGCAUGUCCGUCUCGGGGGAGAUGUAUGCGCAGCCGGGUCACAUGAUCUCUCCGCAAGGCUCGCUCAUGGGCCCCCCACCCCAGCAGAACCUCAUGGUCUCACACCCCAUGCGGCAGCGCAGCGUCUCCCUGGACGGUCAGAUGAGCUAUGGCCCAGGAGCGGGCGGCAUGGCCAACCUGCCCUUCUGAGGCUGGCAGCGGGGCACCUCCUGGUGCAGCCAUGCUGAUGCCAGCCCCUGUCUCUGCCCUGGCACAGAGUUUGGUUUGGAUCUUUCCUCUGAGUGUGAAUUUCUUUCUUUCUCGGUUUCUCUCUCUCUCUCUCUCUCUCUCUCUCUCUCUCUCUCUCUCUCUCUUUCUCUCUCUCUCUUUUUUUAAGUAACCAAAAUGUGCAAGAGGGUUUGGAACAGCUGUAAAUAGGUUGGGGGGAAGCAGCAGCAGAAGCAGCAGCAAAGAUUUGCUGGCUUGGAAUUGUUUGUAUUUCUGUGUUUUAAUAGAAGCCUCAAAACCUGUUUUUUUGGAAGAAACAAAUGAAAAUACAACCCAUUGACAAAGUUCGACUCAUUGUGGAGUGGAAAUCCCGAGCUCGAGGGCCCAGAUGCAGGUUCCACCAGCUGAUUCUCUCUGCUAGGUGCCAGCUAGUCAGGUGAUGCAGUGGCCCUCUGCGUACUCUGGCAGAAUGCCUCUUCCCCCUUCCCCCUUUCCCCUUUUCCCUAUGUGAGGGAAGGACGUCCUUUGGCUUGUAUGGUUUUGGUCCAGUCUAGCCAUGCUGUCAGCCCAGCAGCUCUACUCUGGGUCACUACUUUGGCACACAACCAUAUAUUCCCCCCCCCCCCCAGAACUCCGCACAAGACGUUGGUCCCCUAGCAGUUUGGGAGCAGGUUGGAUGUCUGCCUCUCUUCUCUCUCAUGUGUGCAGUCAUAGCAUUUGGAAAUGAAUGUCCCUCUUCUACACACACACACACACACACACACAGCCAGAAUGGGAAACGUAACUUAAAUGUUGGCCACCUCCUCCCAUAAGCAUCUCACGUUUAGCACCCCCUUCUUCCACGGUUUCCCCUCCAAGGCUCCUGAUUUGCAUCCGUAAGAUGGGAGAACAGAAAUGCCAGCAUUCCCAUCUUAUUUUGCCCUGUUGAAGUUGCCACAUACCUUCUCUCACAGGUCGAGCAACCCUUUGCCCUGGUGCAUCUCUUCCUGUCCCCUGCCCCCUCCCUCAAAAAAACCCACCUCUAUACACAUAUGUCACAUAAUGAGAGCAAAGUGGGGGGACAUCAUAGUAAUUGUGAUUCAAUCCAUGUCAAACGAAAGUUUCAUUGAUCUCCUUUACUUGAUUUGGCUUGAAUCGUAGAAACGAGCCAGUUGAAUGAAUGGGGACUAAAAGCUGGCUUUGCCAGAGCUCUGAAUCAGAAUGUUUGAAAAGCCCCGUCUGCACUUUUGGACUGUUCUGGAUUGAAAUAUUUGCAUACAGAAAAAGUGAGCAGCUUGGUGACUAAAAGCAAAUAUAAUGCAGAUCUCUGAUACAACAAAGUUCUAGGCAUCUAGUAUUAAGAAGUGGGUGCUCCCCACAUCUCCCCACCCACCACAUGCUCUUCUGUGCUUGUUCCAGCGCUGCACACACCUCGGUAGCAUUAAAUCUGUUUUUGCUUGAGAAAGGCCUUGUUCCUUCCCCACCAAGCCUCUAUUGCAAACACCAUCACCAGCUGGGUGGUACCAAGAUGGCACCAGGACCUGCAAGCUUGCUAUUGCUCACAAGGAUGACAUUUCCAUGCCCUUUAGGGCGUGCCACGUAAUAAAGCCAAAAAUACCUGCCCCAUUUUAAAUUCCAUCUGGCCCUUUGAAAGGUGUGCGGUACUCCUUGUGGAACGUGUGGAGAUAUCUUCAUCCUCCCGCUGGCAGCGAAGAUGACGUGGGAGGCAUCUAAUGUGUUCUGCACUCAAAACAGAUCAGUGAGAGGGGUAGAGAAGUGAGGGAAGGGGAAGCGGGGAGUCAGUUGUCCUGAAAAUCAAAGGGAAAUGUUCCUGGUUUGCGUAUUUGCCCUUGUGGCUGUUGCCCCAGCUGAAGCCUGCGAUCCUGAUCCUCUGUGGCAGUCACACCUGCCAAGUGUAUCACCUUCUUCCAAUCUGCUGCGUCUGGUUCAUCAGCAAUAUGGUGGUCCUGGGCCCCUUGCCACACAGUCAUUCGCAUAGCCCUUUGCUCCCUCUCUGCCUCACCUUGCGCUGUGAACGUUGUCCAGUCUUGUGUCUUGUGCUUUCUUGCUCAGCUCCCCAGCGUGAGCGGUGUCUGCUGAAAGUCUGCCCUGUUCUCCUCUGUCUCUUGCCACAACCUGUCCAUUUCCCGUUCUCAACACACACACACACACACACACACACCUGACCCAAGCGAUGCAAUUUCAAGCAAUCCAGAAUGCCCACAACGGAUGUGUUUGUGCCCAGGUAAUGGGGACUGGCCCGCUCUCUUGUCAUCCCAGGUGGGGAGGGGGAAGGCCCCUCUCCCUCCACCCAUGCAUUUUGUACCAUUCUAUAAAUAUAUAUAUAUAUAAAUAUAAAUAUAUAAAUACAAUAUGUGAAGACAUCUUAUUGGUUUUUAUUUUGAAAUGAUUUCUAGGCUUGUUUUUGGGUAUCUGUGCUGCCUGUAACGUAUUGAUUGACCUGUUUUAUAGGUGCCUUUUUAUUAAAAAGACAUUUCAAAACUCG